UGCAGAAAACAACUCGGGGCCAACGGAAACUAUGUCCAACAUUAAAAGAGCCCUAAUUUGAUCUGCAAUUGCAAUAGAAUCCCUCCAUCGCGGCUCGUGUAUGUUUCUUCGUGCAAUCGGACCUGAAGGCCGCCUAUUCAAGCCUCAUUUCCAAUGGCUGUUGCCGUUUUGCUCUGCAACUCGUCCACAGCAGUCAGACGACACCGUUUCUACAAUCUCGGCCUUUUUGAAGAAUCCCCACUGGGAAAAGAAUCAGCGUCUCAAGUCCCUCGUCUCCCACUUGAACCCUCUCUUGGUUCCCAAAAUCAUAAACCUCCACAGCGAGGAUGCCCCGCUCUGUCUCGAGUUCUUCAAAUGGGUAUGCAAACACUCCACUUAUUGCUACGAUAUGGACAGUAGAAUUAAGUUAAUGUAUAUGUGUGCGUCCGAUAAUUUGUACGCCGUCGUGGAUAAAUCAAUUGUUUACUUGAUUAAAGACUGCUGUAGUUCUCACGACGACGUUUUGAAGCUCAUUCGCGCCGUUGAAGAACUGCGGCGAGUUUACGGUUUUUGGAUAAAGUAUUAUUGUUUCAGUCUGCUUUUGAAGCGUCUGGCGAAGCUUGGUAUGGGUUUGAUGGCGUUUUUGGUGUUCAAGAGAAUGGCGGAAAUUGGAUUUGUGGCGAGUGAGAUUGAUUACAGGAAUGUUAUCAAUGCUCUGUGUAAGGAUGGACAUUUACAAGCUGCACUAACUUUCAUUUCUAGGGUUUUGAAACUUGGAUUCGAUUUGGAUGUUUAUAUCUAUGCUUCAUUAGUGUUGGGAAACUGUCGAAUUCUUGAUCUAGCCGAGGCAUUUAGAGUGUUUGCUUUGAUGGGCUGUGGUGCUAAUAGUGUUGCCUACUCGAUUCUUGUUCAUGGCCUAUGCGAAUCGGGGAGGUUAGACGAAGCAUUUGGAUUGAAGGAGGAGAUGAGUAGAAAUGGCUGUCGACCGAGUACCCGAACAUACACAGUCUUGAUUAAAGCCAUGUGUGAUAGGGGGUUGGUUGAUCGAGCAUUCGUUUUGCUAGAUGAGAUGGCGAAGAACGGCUGCAAACCGAAUGUCUACACCUACACAGUCCUAUUAGAUAUGUUGUGUAAGGAGGGGAAGAUCGAGGAGGCGAAUGGAAUGUUUAGGAAGAUGCUCGAAGAUGGGAUGAAUCCGGGCGUCGAAACUUAUAAUGCUCUGAUAAAUGGUUACUGUAAAGAAGGAAGAUUGGUUUCGGCGUUUGAGUUGGUUAGUGUAAUGGAGAAGAAGAAGCGCUGCAAACCGAAUAUCCGGACCUACAACGAGCUCAUGGAAGGGCUGUGUAAAUCCGGUAGGCCUGAUCAAGCCGUCGUGCUUUUGAGGAAGAUUGUUCGAGACGGGUUGUUUCCUACCGAAGUUACUUUUAAUAUUCUCGUCGACGGGUUUUGCAGGGCUGGUCGGGUAAAUGCAGCCCUUGGUAUUCUACAGUCGAUGAGCUCGUUCUCGAUUGAACCCGAUGGAGUUUCUUAUACCACUUUGAUCGACACAUUUUGCAAAAUCGAAAGGCUCGAGCUAGCGAGCGUUGUUUUGGGAACAAUGAUGAAGAUUGGAAUGUGUAUCGACGAGGUGACGUGGACUGUUAUUAUCGAUGGUUAUUGUAAGGCCGGGAAAAUUAGUUACGCCGUUUUCCUGUUCGAGAAAAUGAUCGAAGAGUGGCGUUUGACGAUGACGGGGCCUCAUGCUUUCAAUGUGUUUCUUCAUGUUUUCGGCGAGGAAGGUAAUGUUGGCGCGAGAAAUUCGAUGCUGGCGAAACUGUUGAAGUAUGGUUUGGUUCCUUCUGUUGUGACUUAUACCAUAUUGGUUGUUGGGAUCUCCCGAGUAGGUGAUAUGGCUGAGUUGUUUGCGAUGUUCGAUCUUAUGAGACGAGAUGGGUGCCCGCCGAAUAUCGUUACGUAUACGGCUGCCGUCGCUGGUCUUCUCCGGAGGGGAAAAAUUGACGGCGCGAGGAAUAUUUUGGUCGAAAUGAGGAAGGAUCGGGUAUCGCCGAGCGACGAAAUUUAUGGUAUGCUGUGGGAUAAGUAGUCUGUUGCAGAGUGGGGGAUUAGUUUUGAAUGAAAAUUUGAUUUUUCUAUAUAUAAUAUAUAUAUAUAUAUAUAAUUUGAUGUUUUUAAAGAAAAAAAAUCGAAGAAUGGUAGAAAAUCAAUUGCAUAUCCGGCUACAUUUGGUAUGUCGGGAUAUUAUAUGAGCCAGGAGGCUUUCUUAUAACGCUGCGAAACUACAGAUUAAUACCUUGAAGUGUUAUGGUAGGAAUGGGAGGGUAUUUUUGUAAAUUCAGUUGAAGUUCAUUUAAUCCUCCGUUACCUAUAAAUGAACCCAAUCA